AUGAAUUUGCUGGAUGAUGGGAAAUUAAACGAUGAUGAUCUGAAGCAAAUUUUUAUGGAAUUUGAUUUGAACGGUGACGGGCUGAUACAGAAAAAUGAGCUCAAAGAGGUGAUGGUUCGAAUGGGACAAUGCCCAACCGAAGACGAACUUGAUACUAUGUUUAGGAGUGCCGAUCGGGAUGACGACGGCAACAUUGACCUAGAAGAAUUUCUUUCCAUCGCUCAUCGAAACCCAAUAGCCUUGUCCUUACGGACAGUCUUUGAUGAAAUUGAUGUUGACGGUGACGGUUAUUUACGGCGUUCAGAACUAAGGCAAGCUUUCCAGCGGAUGGGUCAUACACUUACCGAUAGCGACAUGAAUGCCAUUUAUCGACAUGUAGACACUAAUAAUGAUGGUCGAAUAAAUUUUGAUGGUAACUAG